CGACAAGUUACCGAGUACUGUACGAACAAACCAUAAAUAUAAUUUUCGUUAAUACCCGUUUAUUUUUAUAUUGCACGUAUCAUGCCCCAAUAUUUCUGUCUGAUAUCCGCUAGGUGGGGUCAUUAUCGCGAACCCAGUGAUAAGGUAUGGUAGAACUAAGCACUUUGAGCAGAGAUAACAAGAAACAAUGAACAGUUGAACAGACUGGUCGACAGAAAGAUUCACAGAAAAUAUCAAAAUACGGUUGAACCUCCUAUUUUGUUUAGCAGCCAUACAUCAACAAGGGAUUUUAAGACCCUUUUAAUUUCAGGACUCACUCUGAACAUUUCUGCAAGUACUGGGCACGUUGUCCUGGAAUUUGCAUCCACAACCUAUCGAAGAUCCUAUCUUAUUUGGUUACCUGAUGCAUUUGAAAAUUACAUCGUAUUGCUAGAAAACCACGAAUUUUUCAAUUCAAUAAAGGAAAAGGAAUGCCUUGAAAUUGUAAAGCUGUGGUAUUAUAAUUAUAUCGUUCUGCACUGUGAGUAUGCUGAUUACUUACUAAAACCGCAUUGUCUGCCUAUUGCUACUGACAUUUGAGCUUCUACUAUGGGAAGUGUAACCUACACUAAUGAUGUUGGUUUUGAGAAGUUAACCUGCUUUGUAAACUUACACAAGUAAAUAGAAUAUGAGAUGGUAGAAUCAACA